AUGAAGGGGGCUUUGCUUGUGGACGAUGACUUUAUACACGGAGAAGAGAAGAACCUGACCGUUCGGAAAACCUCUCUCUUUUUCGCCGGCGAUGGUUUCACGGCUUACGAUUGCAAGGGCACUUUGGUCUUUCGAGUCGACUCUUACGGUGGUCCCAACAACCGCGACACCGACGAGCUUGUCCUCAUGGACGCUCACGGUCGUUGCCUCCUCACCCUCCGACGAAAGAGACCGAGUUUGCGACGGAGAUGGGAAGGGUAUCUCGGGGAGAGAUCGGACGGUCAGAAACCGAUAUUCGGAGUGAGGAGAUCGUCGAUAAUCGGGAGGAACAGCGUGACGGUGGAGGUGUACGGGGAGUACGAGUGCGGCGAGUACCUGGUCGAGGGUAAUUUCGGGCAAAGGAGCUGCACGGUGGUGGAGGCGGAGACGAGGAGGAAGGUGGCGGAGAUACGGCGCAAAGUGGAUGCGUCAACGAACGUGAUGCUUGGGAAAGACGUCUUCUCGUUGAACGUGAAGCCCGGGUUUGAUGGAGCCUUUGCCAUGGGAUUGGUGCUUGUGCUUGAUCAGAUCUACGGCGACGAUCUCGUUGAGGUUGGUGAAGAACAGGUGCACCCUUCCGCAGAAGAUCAGUGA